AUGGGAAAUCUCUCAUCCCUAUCACAUUGGAUAUGGAAUCGGGAUAAUAUCAAUCCGUGGGUGGCAUUGUUUAAAAUCCAGGCUCGGGUACAUGACGUGCUAGAGCGUAUUAUUCCUCCAAAGGACGACGGAAAGAAAGCAGCGUAUGAAAAGGCCAAGGCGACUGACCUCCCCCUAUGGAACCGCCUUGACGCCCCCGUCCUACAGUGGAUAUAUGCCACAAUCUCUACUGUUAUUCUCAACUCCAUUCUCAUUGACGAUGAUUUGGCAGAACAUGCUUGGGAAAGCGUCGCUGAUCUUUUCCAUGAUAAUAAGCAUUCUAGGGCUCUGUUUCUCAGCAACGAAUUCACCACCACCAAGCUUGCUGAUUUCUCCACCACAAACGCCUACUGCAACCAACUGAAGAGUAUCGUCGAUCAACUUGCCAAUGUUGGGGCUCCCGUCAAUGAUCAUGCGUUGGUGUUUAAGCUCCUUCAAGGUUUGAAUGAGCCGCGAAACAAGAGGAUGGUACAGCCCUUUGUUGCUCAUGACCCGCCAUCAGAUGAGCGUUCCAGUGCCAACAACAAUUCUCAAGGUAAUUAUAAUAAUUAUCAUAAUUAUAAUAAUAAUAGUUACCGUGGAAAUAACAACAGGAAGAACAAUAAAUCUGGCGGUCGGAACAACGGCAAGGCCCAGCGUGGCGGCGGCUCCAGCGGUGGUGGUGGGUCAGACCAUAACGCCGGCAGUCAGAACACGGGCAGCGGUGGAACUCGCAGCCAACAACAAUGGCAGUUUCCUUGGCAGUUUCUUCCACGGACACUUCCCCCUAGCCCAUAUCCCACUUACAAUUGGGUCAGGCCCAAUCUGCCGUCUAGACCACAGCAGCAACAAGCAGGGAUUCUGGGCCCAAUGCCCCAACAUUCGGCCUACCAGGCUACUGCACCAAGCCCAACUGACAUAGAGGCAGCCAUGUACACACUCGGGAUCACUCCACCGGAUCCAAAUUGGUACAUGGACACCGGUGCCACCUCCCACAUGACCUCCGCACAAGGAUUUUCCGACGGGGACGCGCCUACUGAGGUGUGA